AUGGACUUGUUCGUCCGAAUUUUGAGCGACUAUGAUGCCGUAAAUGCAGCCAGACGUCUUUUAUACGAGGUGUAUAUUAGUGAGAUGGGCUGGGAUUUUCGUAGUGAUAGUCCGACAGGUUUUCGUAUCGAUAAAGACGACCAAAACAAACCUAUCCUUUGCGAUACUUUUGACGACUCAUCUGUUUGGUUUGGAGCGUACAAAGGAGAUAGCCUGAUCGGAGUUACCCGAGCAGUCCAACGGAACAACUCUUUAGGAAAGCUUGACCUUGAACUGUACCCAGCCAGUCAACUACCGUCCAUGAAGAGAAUUCUCCGCCCAAAGGCCAACCAACCGUUAGUGGAAGUGCAACGAGGGGCGGUAGCCAAGGACUACAGAAACACACAACCAAGCAUAAUCCAGCUGCUUCUUCAUUCCGCUUUUAGCUACGCACUCGAGAAAGGACUGAAUGUGGUUUGCCCAACAGUUUUCCCUGUGUUAGAGACAUUAUUUAGCCGAGCUGGGAUGCGGUUAGUGGAGAAAAAGUUUACAUACGGAGAGGGCUGUGAUGAAUGGCCCACCUACAUUUUCUACUGCUCCUCAGAAGACAUGGCCCAAGUUGUAAACAAACUGAAGACAGCCGCAAGAAAAAGAAAAGCGAGCGUUUCACAAGAAAGAGGGCACGCCAAGCGGGGAAGGUUUCUUGUAGUGUAA